AUGGCUCCAAACCGCCGCUGCAGGAGGGAGAGACAGGUGAGGCAGCAGAAGCUGUUGCAGGGAGACACCCUGCUGCCGCAGCAGGAGCAGCAGCAGCAGCAGCAGCAGCACCACGAGCAGCCACAGCAGCCGCAAAACCUGGAAAGCCAUGAGCAGCAGCAACAGCAGCAGCAGCAACAGCAGCAGCAGCAUCAGGAGGUUAGAAGCAACGGCAGCAGCCCCGGGCAGCCCGAGAACCAACAGCAGCAGCAGCAGCAGCAGCAGCAAGCUCCUCCCAAAGCUGCGCACCAGCAGCCGGAGGCGAAGAGCAGCAGCAGCAUCCCCAUGCAUCCACCUCCUCCUCCUCAGCAGCAGCAGCAGCAGAAGCAGCAGCAGCAGCAGCGCAUACGGACUCUCCGCUCCCCCAGAGAAAGCAGCAGCUUUCUGUCUCUUCAAUUGGAGCAGCGAGACUAUGCCCCAGAAUACGAAGUUGCUGCAGCAGCAGCAGCAGCAGCUGCUGCUGCUGCUGCUGCUCCUGUUGCAGCUCUGGAAACCAGCAGCACCAGCGCAGCAACAGCAGAUACUCCCAGCAGCAGCCAAAUUAGCAACAGCAGCAACAGCAGCAACAGCAGCAACAGCAGCAACAGCAGCGACGUGCUGCAGUCUAUGCAAGGCCUUCCACAUUCGCAAGCUAAGGGCGACAGCAGUAGCAGCAGCAACAGCAGCAACAACAGGGGUAGCAGCAGCAGUAAGAACAAUAGCAGCAUCAGCAGCAGCAACAAUGGCAGCAGCAGCAGCAUCGAGCCACUCGAACAGACGCAGGCAACAUCCGGAGGUGGCAGCAGCAGCAGCAGCAACAACAACAAUAGCAGCAACAUGAGCAGCAGCAUGAACGGCAGCAGCAGCACCAAAGGCGGCAGCAAUGGGGUGGGCAGCAGCUGCAGCAAGAGCAAGCUCAGCAGCAACAGCAACAGCAGCAGCAACAGCAGCAGCAACAACAGCAGCAACAGCAGCAGCAGCAGCAACAAAAGUUGCAGCAGCAACAGCAGCAGCAGCAACAGCAGCAGCAGCAACAGCAGCAGCAGCAGCAGCAGCAGCAACAGCAGCAGCAGCAGAGGCUUUGUUUCUUGUGCUCCUUGGCGCGUUACUUUAAUAGUGGAGGCCUUCGAUUCAAAUACCCGCGGCUGCCCUAUAUGCAUGCCUUGUGCUGCUGCUGCUGGUGCUGCUGCAGACAAAGAAGCAGACACAGCAGCAGCAGCAGCAGCAGCAGCAGUAGCUGAAAACAAAGAAGAAGGCGCAGCAGCAGCAGCAGCAGAUGCUGACGCGCAGGCGUGUUGCAGCACGGCUCAAGACGGCAGCAGCAGCAGCAGCAGCAGCAGCAGCAUCGAUGGUGGUGCUGUGCGGCGUUCUGGUAGCAUCAGCAGCAGCAGCAGCACUUCUUCUGUUCCUUGCAGCAGAAGCAGCCGGAGCCGCAGCCCCCCCCACAGCAACAACAGUAGCAGCAGCAACAGCAGCAGCAGCAGCAGCGAUUGUUGCUGCUGCAUGCAGCUGUGGGUGGAGCUAUUAGGUUUAAGAGACAAGGAGACACCGCAGCGCUUCAGACUGCUGAGCGGCAGCAGAUAUUCUUACUACUUUCUGUCUCCUCCUAUUUUGCUGCCAGAGCGCGUCAAGGUGCUGCAGCUACGUCUCUUUAGAUUAGCCCCACAGCAGCAGCAGCAGCAGCAGCAGCAGCAGCAGCAGGUGCGGUGGAAGGAGGUGAGGGAGCUGCUGGCGCUGAGAAGAGUUGUUAUGCCUCCGGGGCCUUCUUGUCUCGUUCAGUGUACAUUCGGCAUUCCGGGCUGCAACAGCAUUUCGCCGGCUCCACCUGCGUUGUGA